CCCGUCCUCCCUCCCUCCCUCGGCUCUCUUGCUUCAGACCUGCUGCAUCUCUUCCUUCAGAGCCACCAUGAGUCUUGGAGGAUUAUCCCCUGCCCAACCGGCCACUCCUGAGAUUCAGGCAAUCGCUGACCAGGUGAAAUAUCAGCUGGAAGCAAAACUGAACCAGGCAUUCAACCUCUUUAAGGCUAUUGAGUUCAGGACUCAGGUGGUGGCUGGCACCAACUACUUCAUCAAGGUCCAGUAUGCAGAGGACAAAUACGCCCACCUUCGCGUGUUCCAGGGCCUUUCAAAUGACAAUCUCACGCUCCAGGGUUACCAGCUGAACCACACCAGGACGGACCCCAUCACCUACUUCUAGCAGCAGCAGCGGAGAGCUCAGGAGCCUUAGGCGCUCCAUCAAUAA